AUGGCUGAGUACCCAGACAUGCCGUGGCGCGUCUUCAAGCCUGUCUAUCGGGUCCUCGCCAGCAAGUGGCGGGAGGUCGAGCUGGUCACAGGUGCUGCUGACGGCUUUGGCGGCAACGAAGUGGGCGACGGAAUGGGCGACGGGAUCGAGACGGGCGGCGUGCUGCCACAGCGAACGCGAUCGGCGAUGCUUCUGGCUUUGAUGAGUGUGGCAGCGAGUCAGGUGGUGGACGCGCUGGCUUGCCGAGGCCUAAAGUCCGUGCUGGUGGCGCUUGGUGGCGAAGAGGAGGACGAGGACGAUGAAGUCAGUGAGAGCUCGCUUGACGCCGAGGACGGAUCCAUUGCUGCCGAGCUGGCGGCGGUGUGUGGACUAGAGGGCAAAGAGGUGGCCAGAGUGUGGGAUCGUCUAGAGAUGGAUGCCUACUCUCUGUGGCUCUCGCUGGCAUCAGUGGACUCGAUCGCGAGUGCGCGGAGUCUCUAUCCCGCCUUUGCCAAACCUCACGAUGUUGGCUCGGUGUUUGCAGCCAUGAGUGGGUGGCCGGUCGCCGGCGACGGGUGGGACGCCGAGGUGACCUUUGAUGACGAGGCGGCAGUGGUUGCUGCCGGCGAUCCAUAUAGCGCGGCAGCUCGAUCGGCCGUUGGCAGUAUCGGCGUGUGGCAAGCGCUGAAGGCAACACCGCUUGCGGUUGUCCAGCGGCAUGCUUCGUCGUAUGCCAUCCUGCCGUCGGCGUGGCGGGCGGUAAGCUUUGAAGCCGUCGAUGGCUCUGGUGAGCACCAUGUGCUGGAGGUGUGGGUCAACAGCGGGAUGGCUGACGCCAACACAGGCGUGAGGACCACACGAUACGGCGAGGCACGCUGGACGCCGCACCCCGCCACCGCUUUUGCUCACGGAGUUCCGCAGAUUAUCGUUGAUGCCGGGCAUCAGCACCGGACGAGAUCCCAACUGUCGAUGCUUGUGCUGGGGUGGGCUCAUGCGGCGUGUGGGACAAAGGCAGCCAUCUAUGCCGUUGGAGCUGCUGGCGAUGGCGAUGACGCCAGCACGGUCCUCGAGCCACUGGUCUCGGGCCCCCAAUCCGAGCUCAAACUCGUGCCAUGCACCACUGUUUGGGAGGAGGAGAGCGAAGGUGGGCUUUCAGAGGCAGCAGUCAUCAACGCCGCCCGCGUUGCCCGCGAAGGAUAUGCUGCGAUCUUUGCCGAGUUGCGCGGAUAG